AUGUCUAUUACAGGAGAUAGAUCCGUCAUCACAACAGCGCCAAAAGACGAAAAAAAGAAAACAAUCUGUGGAGGCUGCGAAAGUGGAUUAGAACUCGAUCAACCUGGUAUACAGUGUGUACAAGGUCAUCAUUUUUGUACGGAAUGUUCAAGUCAUAUUGUUAAUUUAGUUUUUGCUAACCCUGAAAAAUAUAUACCUUUACGUUGUCUACAAUGUCAUGUUGAAUUGAAUCCUUGUGUAUUUGAACGACAACUAACACCAGAACAACUUAAUAUAUUUAAUCAACAUUUGCUUGUUUUUGUUUGGGCAAAAGAUUUUCUUGGACAAGACGAACGGAUAGAUUAUUGUCCAUUUUGUUCGUUUGGUUCUAUACGUAGUAAGCAAGCUUCACAUACUUUUUAUUGUGCACGUCCAGAAUGUGAUAUAGUAUCAUGUUUAACAUGUCAAAAAGCUUGUCCAAAAGUUAAAAAUAAUUAUCCUACUGAUGAAGAAUUGGCUGAAAUGGAACGACAUUUUAUAUGUGCUGAAUUAGCUAAUGACAAACAAAUAGUCGAUGGCUAUUUAGAAUUAGGUCAAAAAGUUCCUUGCCCUAAUUGUGGUUUAGCUGGAAUGAAAGAUCAUGGUUGUACACAUAUGACUUGUCCAACAUGUGCACAAGUAUGGUGUUACUUUUGUGGAAAAAAAGUUGAAGAUUGUGAUAGAGAACAAGGUGGAGAAAAUGGAAUACAUGAUCAUAAUGUUCAAUGGGAUUGUAAUCCUAAUCGAUGUCCCAUAUAUUUAAAACAGAUAGCUGAUGUUGAUGAUCGAUGGCCUGAUAAUGAAGAAGAUUGUUUAGUUAGAUUUCAUCGUAUUCGUACAUUACGCUUAUUACGAGAAGCAUUCGAAAAGUUGGGUCUAAACCGUAUGGAUGAACUUGAUCGCCAUUUUAAUAUAAUCAGUUCGUCCGAUUAUACAUGGGAUGAAAUUCUUCAUGGAGAUCUUACAUUAAUUAGAUUUUCAAAUUUGAGCUGA